AUGUCAGAUUUACAAGCUAUCGUCGUUAUAACCUUACUGACAUGGGCCGCAGUCAGAGUCUCCGGAACAACUCCAGAACUUUCCGAGACAACCGGUGACACUAUCAACAUACCAUGUCUCUUCGGAGAAGGGACGUUACGUAACAUCUUCUGGUACUACAUCGAUGGCACUGGGCCUCAGAAGAUUUUGUUUCUUGCCAAAGGGGACUUAACUAGAGAAUCGGAAUAUGCAAAUCGAGCACGCUUGCAAAACGACAAUUCGACUCUCAUCCUGAAAGACAUAUCCGUGGCUGAUGAGGGGACCUAUCGCUGUGACGUGAACCGGCAAGGGCAGACGCCAGUGCCCAAUAUCAACACCAAGCUCAAUGUCUUCAUAAUCAAACCUUGCACCGGGGUUGACGAGUCUUCAUCCUGCAGCAUUCAUGCCAACCAAUCCUUCACCCUUACCUGCACACUCCCCAACGUUUAUCCUGUUAAAGAUAUCAAACUCAUUUGGUAUCAGGAUGGAAAACGUGUCUCUACUACUCAUGAUGUUAUGCGGAACGAUGACGGGACCACUGAUAUCAGUCGACGGAUUCAAGUGCAUGAAGCAGGAAACUUUACCUGUAACGCCACAUAUCUUACGGCUAAUGGAAGAGAAAACACAGUCGUAUAA